UUAGUGAACAUAAUUAGUCGUAAAUGGAGAUUAUUUGAAUAAAAAGAUUUAUAUUAAUAUCAAAAACAAUAUAUUACGCUUAUAAACCAAAUUUUAAAUUAAAAUAAGUUAUUUUAAAAUAAGACAAUUGUUGAAAACAUAUUUAUAAAUUGAAUUAUCUCAAGAUGUCUGUGCGCGACCAGAUUAAAAUUGAUAUUGAAUGGGGUCACGAACGCUUAGUACGUGCCCAGCAGGUGGUUGAAAUGCGUCCUUAUGAUAUUGAUUCUUGGUCAGUUUUAUUACGUGAAUCACAAACGCGCCCCGUCAGUGAUGUCCGUACUCUGUAUGAAUCAAUGGUUAAUGUGUUUCCUACCACUGCACGAUAUUGGAAGAUUUACAUUGAACAGGAAAUGAAAGGGCGAAACUUUGAACGUGUGGAAAAAUUAUUUCAACGUUCAUUAGUUAAAAUCCUUAAUAUUGAUUUGUGGAAGCUCUAUUUAACGUAUGUUAAAGAAACUAAAGCUGGACUCAGCACACAUAAAGAAAAAUUAGCACAAGCAUAUGAUUUUGCACUAGAAAAGAUUGGCAUGGACUUGCAUUCGUUUUCUAUAUGGCAAGAUUAUAUUAAUUUUCUACGUAGCGUUGAAGCGGUGGGAAGUUAUGCAGAAAAUCAAAAGAUAACAGCAGUACGACGUGUUUUUCAAAAAGCUGUAAUAACACCUAUAAUCGGAAUUGAACAGCUAUGGAAGGACUAUAUAGCAUUUGAGCAUAACAUAAAUCCAAUAAUUUCGGAAAAAAUGAGUCUUGAAAGAUCAAAAGACUAUAUGAAUGCUCGUCGUGUUGCUAAAGAAUUAGAAAUUAUGACUAAAGGUUUAAAUCGCAAUUUACCUGCAAUACCGCCGACCCUUUCAAAAGAAGAAAUCAAACAGGUUGAGUUGUGGAAAAAAUUUAUUGCUUUUGAAAAAUCAAAUCCUUUACGUACGGAAGAUACUGCUUUAAUUACGCGACGUGUGAUGUUUGCCACAGAACAGUGUUUAUUGGUUUUAACGCAUCACCCAGCAGUGUGGCAUCAAGCCGCACAAUUUCUUGAUCAAAGCGCAAAGGUCUUAGCUGAAAAAGGAGAUACACAAGCUGCUAAGAUUUUUGGCGAUGAAUGUGCAAAUAUUUUGGAACGAUCAAUCAAUGGAGUGCUUAAUAAAAAUGCUUUACUCUAUUUUGCUUACGCUGACUUUGAAGAAGGGCGCAUGAAAUACGAUAAAGUACAUGCCAUGUAUAAUAAGUUACUAUCUAUAACAGACAUAGAUCCAACUUUGGCUUAUGUGCAAUAUAUGAAAUUUGCGCGACGUGCUGAAGGUAUCAAAUCCGCUCGUGCAGUUUUCAAAAAGGCACGUGAAGAUGUGCGUUCUCGAUAUCAUGUUUUUGUUGCUGCAGCAUUAAUGGAAUACUAUUGCUCGAAGGACAAAGAAAUAGCUUUUCGUAUAUUUGAAUUAGGUUUAAAGCGUUUUGGUGGUAGCCCAGAAUAUGUUAUGUGUUAUAUAGAUUAUUUAUCACAUUUGAAUGAAGAUAAUAACACACGUGUAUUGUUUGAACGUGUUCUGUCAUCGGGUGGUUUAACUCCACAGUUGAGUGUAGACGUUUGGAAUCGUUUUCUCGAAUUCGAAUCUAAUAUUGGAGAUUUGUCAAGUAUUGUUAAAGUAGAACGCAGACGAAGUGCUAUUUUGGAAAACUUGAAAGAAUAUGAAGGAAAAGAGACAGCACAAUUGGUGGAUCGUUACAAAUUUUUGGAUUUGUACCCUUGUACAAGUAUUGAGUUAAAGUCCAUUGGUUACACUGAGAACGUUGGAAUUAUGACAAAUAAAAGUUUAACUAGUUCUGCAAAUAAAUCUGAUGAACCUGACGUGGAACAAAUUAAAGACUUACCAAAGCCCGAUAUCGCACAAAUGAUACCAUUCAAACCAAAAUUAAAUGCUCGUCCAUUUGAGCAUCCAUUGGCUGGUGGAACAUUUCCUCAACCACCUGCGUUGGCAAUGCUCUGUGCGCAAUUACCACCGCCUGUUUCAUUCCGUGGACCAUUUGUAUCAAUAGAAAUGCUUUUCGAUAUAUUCAAUCGCAUAAAAUUACCCGAUGCUGUUCCAUUACCCACCGGUGAGCACGGUUGUGAUAUUAAAUUAUUUGAUAUGGCAAAAUCAGUACAUUGGAUAGUUGAUGAUAGUAUGAUUUCUACUGAUUCAAGUAAUGGAAUAAAACGUAGGCGCAUAUUACCUGGUGGUGAAGACAGCGAUGAAGAGACACAGGGUCCCACGCCACCAGUGAACGACAUCUAUCGUUUACGGCAACAGAAACGUUUUGCUAAAUAAAUUUUAUAAAAA